UGUGAAACUCAGUUUUCUCUCUAAUUUGUUUAGGUCAGUUAAACCGCUGAGGGAAGCAAGCAGUUGUGGUUUGGAGACGGAAUAGUCAUGAGACGGAGUAUCCUGCUCCCUGCGGGAUUUAUUCCUCUCCUGGUUGGAGUAGUUCAAACCCUUGGAGAAUCCGAGAAUAUUGAGGAUAGGUUGGUUCAGCGCUUUUCACCAGAUAUCAGUCUUGGUCGGGACGGAAGUCAAAUCAAACCAAAGCUACAAGUAAACAUUGAGACUCAGCAGGCUAAGUUCAGUAGAGCGUCUGUAGAAGCUGCUCCGGAUACUAUAGAGACUGUGGUCUUCUCAAAACCAAAAUUCCAAACUUACUCUCGGUCUGAUAAUGCUCUGCCGUUUAAUAGAGAUUUUGUAGAAUCGGGGUCUCUUAAACGAUACGGAGCUCUCAACCCAACACAGGGUAUACAAGAAAAUAGGGAACAUCAAGGUGGAAAAUAUUUUGGAGCUGCAGACCCCUCCUUGUUUUUCAAGCUAUACAGUGGAUCCCAGUUUCAACAAUAUUCCUUUGAACCAAAAGCAGAAGGAAAGAGGAUUCCUCUCCGAUCUGCUGUAGAGAAGCGUCCUGAUCCGACCAUAGCCCGUCUUUACCGGGCUCGGACACAAGUAAAAGCUUUGGCAGAUUUGAGGAAAAAAUAUUAUAAAAAUCAGAAAACUACGUUUAGACAGGCUCGCCCUAACCCUGAUCAUAAAAAUGGACAACAUACAGAACAACUUGAAGAACUGUUAACUAAAAGCAGCAACCAGGAGUACAAGAUAGUGUGCUACUACGGAGCAUGGUCCGUGUACAGAACUGCUCCGUACAACUUUGGAGUAGGAGAUAUAGAUCCGUUCUCAUGUACUCAUCUUAUCUAUAGUUUUGCUGGACUACAACCUGAUGAUCUUACCAUCAUUUCAUUAGAUACAGAAGAGGAUAUUAUCAAAGGAUCUUAUAAAUCCGCAGUUGCUCUGAAGUUAAAGAAUCCUGCACUCAAGGUUAUGAUUGCUAUCGGAGGCUGGAACGAAGGAGGAAAAACCUACUCCGAAAUGGCCUCGUCCCAAGCCUCCAGAGCUAGAUUCAUCAAGUCUGUGGUAGAAUUUGUAGAAGAACACUCAUUCGACGGAUUGGAUCUGGAUUGGGAGUAUCCUGGAGCAGGAGAUAGGGACGGACAAUGGUCGGACAAGGAGAACUUUGCAAAUUUGGUUUCUGAGCUUCAUGAUGAGUUUGAACCCAGAGGUUGGCUCCUCUCAGCCGCAGUUUCGCCGGCAAAGUUUAGAGUUGAUGAAGGAUACGCAGUUAAGAAGAUCGCUGAGUACUUGGACUUCAUCAACGUGAUGACCUACGACCUGCACGGGGAUUGGGAUAACUUUGUGGAUCAUCAUGCUCCUCUCAACUCUAGAGAACAUGAUUCAUGGGAGUUCAAAUCUUUAAAUACGGCUGCAGGAUUGGGAUAUUGGAAAUCUAAGGGAGCACCUCUCCAUAAAUUACUCCUUGGAACACCUUUCUAUGGAAGAUCAUUUACUCUCAGCUCGGAGAAUUCUAAGUCUCCAGGUUCUAAGAGCUCAGGUCCAGGUAAACCAGGAGAAUUUACAGAUGAGCCUGGAUUCCUGGCUUACUAUGAGAUCUGUAGGAUGAUAAAAGAUGGAGGUUGGACUGAGGAAACAGAUUCAGAUGGAAACCCAUAUAUAUACAAGGGCGACCAAUGGGUCGGAUAUGACAAGGUUGAGAGCGUGAGACGGAAGAUGAAAUAUGUCCGUUCUAAAGGUCUUGGAGGAGCAAUGAUCUGGGCAAUCGAUCUGGAUGAUUACAGAGGAGACUGCGGGACAAAAUCUCCUCUACUCACAAACAUGAAUCUUAUUCUUAGACCUAAAGGAGGCGAGGUCCCGGAGACAGAUGAGAAAGAUUUUGGAUUAUUUCAACCUGACGAAGACUCCGGUGUGAUUGCAGCAGUUACAGCGGAGAUUGAAGAGGAUAAUAGUGCUCUUGGUGGAGCUGAAAACUUUAUCUGUGCUGGACCUGGAUCCUUCCCUAGCAGUACUAGCUGCUCAGACUACUUUACCUGUACUCAGGACGGACAGGCGUUUAAGUUCAGUUGUCCUGAUGGUUUACACUAUGAUCCUUCUAUCGGAGCUUGUAACUGGCCUGAAGCUGUCUCUUGUUCUAUUCCAACCCUGGCACAAACUCGUCAGUUUUGCGGUGCAUUUGGACUAUUCUAUGAUCCAGUGUCAAAGUUAUGCACUCCUUUCAGAGUGUCUCCAGGCUAUGCCUUCCAAGAAUUUCCUUAUAUCAAAUCGUCUCCAUUAAUCCUUUACAACACUGAGGAAAGUAAGAAAGUAAUCUGUUAUUUCUCCAACUGGGCCGGAAUUAGAGAAGGAGACGGAAAAUACGUUCCAGAGAAUAUUCCAUCUAAACAUUGUACUCAUGUUGUGUAUGCUUUCGCUAAACUGGACGAGGAGAAAUUUGUCCCGGAGUCUAGCGGUCCUCUCACAGACCUGGAUCAGGAUUAUUUCUCCAGGGUUCAUGAUACUGUGAAGACAAGGAACCCAAACGCCAAAGUUCUAAUCUCUGUCGGAGGUUGGGCAGACUCUGCAGGAAAUAAAUACUCUACCCUUGUCAACAGCCAAGAUCUCAGAAAUAAGUUUGUUCGUGGAUCCAUGCAGUUUCUGAAAAAAUACCGUUUUGAUGGAAUGGUCAUCGAAUGGCAUUUUCCGGUAUGCUGGCAAAGUGACUGCACCAAGGGCCCAGACUCCGAUAGAGCAGGGUUUUCAAAUCUGGCUCAAGAUCUUAAAAGAGAAUUUGGAAAAAGAUAUACUAUCGGGGCAACCCUCUCAGGGUACCAGCAGGUUAUAGACAAAGCGUACGACAUUGCAAGUUUAUCAGAGAACCUUGAUUUCCUAAACAUCAUGUCAUAUGACCUCCAUGGUUUCUGGGAGGAUAAAACCAUGCAUCAUGCUCCGCUAACCGACCCAACCUCUGUAUCAGUGGAGGGACUGAUGAACAAAUACAUAUCCCUGGGUGCUGAUAAGUCUAAGCUUGUUGUUGGAAUCCCAUUUUAUGGUCAAUCUUUCCUCACUAAAACCGGAGGAGUUGGAUAUGGAGUAGAUAGCAAGGGACCUGGAGCUCCUGGACAAUGGACAAAACAGCCUGGUAUGCUUGGGUUCAAUGAGAUCUGUCUAAAGAUUAAAGAGGGUUGGACACAGAGUGAAGAACAAGAUGGAAGGCAGGAUCCUUUUGCAUAUGAAACUGUUGGUAAUCAAUGGGUCGGUUUUGAUUCAGUUCAAUCUGUGCGGAGAAAAGCAGAGUUUGCUAUGAAUAAUGGAUUCGCGGGGGUUUCAAUCUCAACUCUGGAUCUUGAUGAUUUUAACAACCUUUGUUGCCUGGGUGCACAUCCUCUCCUUAACAGUGUUAGCAGCGUCGUCCUUGGAACUCCAGGACCUGAACCAGGUUGUUCUAGACCUGCUCCACCAGUAACACCAGCACCUAGACCUCAGGAAACCACUGAAGCCUGGGAUGACGGAUCUAAUAGAAAACCAUCCAGUACUUCCAGUCCUAGCACUCCUAAACCAACCACGUCUAGUACAGCAGCUGCUAGUACAACAUCCAGUACGGAUACAGAUGGUCCAGCAGAGUGCACAGAAGGAGAACAUAUAGAGCAUCCUCAGGACUGUCAGAAAUACUAUCGAUGCAUAAACGGGAAGAAGCAACUUCAUUCCUGUUCUGGGGGUUUAUCUUGGGAUGCAGAGAACCUCAUUUGCGACUGGUCUGACAAUGUGAGCUGUGGAUCUAUCUCAGACAAAAAUGUUGAUGAAGUUGUUGUUGUUGUUGAUGAAACAGAUGACCAGGCAAUGCUGACUCUCCCUGGUCUUCCAUGUUCAAAUCCUGGGAAGUUAUCUCAGAUACCUGGAGAUUGUUCCUCGUUCUACCAAUGCAACAAUAACGAGCAGAUCAAACAAUCCUGUAGUCCAGGACUUCACUUCAGCUCUACUAAGGGUAUCUGUGACUGGCCUGAGGCAGCAGGAUGUGUUACAUAUAUCACCCUGGAGAGAGAUGGAACAUGUCAGGAAGGAUCUCGAAUCCCUCAUCCAACAGACUGUGCAUCCUAUCUGUGGUGUGUACACUCUGAGUAUAUUCAGCUCAGCUGUCAACAAGGAACUCACUGGGAUAGAAACAUGGAAACCUGUAAUCAUCCUGAAGCUGCUGGAUGCACAACAUCGGACUCAGCUCAGGGCACAACAUCAGCUGCACCAACCACCACAACGUCAUCUUGGGACAGUGGAGAUAACAUCUGGGACAAUGCAGACAACAGCUGGGACAACGGAGAUAAUAGUUGGGACAAUGGAGACUGGUCCGGAGACAACUCUGGACAAUGGAAACCUCCAACACCGAAACCAACAACUCAGCGACCAACUGGACCCACAGAAGCAGUUCCCCUGCAGGGACCUUUAUCUGGGGAUUUCAAGGUUGUCUGCUACUUCACAAAUUGGGCCUGGUACAGACCUGGAGCAGGAAAAUAUAAACCUGAAGAUAUUGACCCCACUAUUUGCACACAUAUUGUUUACGGGUUUGCUGUUCUAGAUUACUCAACCCUUCUUAUGAAACCUCACGAUUCAUGGGCCGACAUAGAUAAUGAUUUCUACGGUAAAGUUACUGAAUUCAAAAAGUACGGGAUCAAGGUAACAGUUGCCAUUGGAGGUUGGAAUGAUAGCGAGGGAGAUAAAUACAGUAGGUUAGUCAACAAUCCCUCAGCCAGGGCCAGGUUCAUCGAGAACGUUGUAAAAUUCAUCGAGAAAUAUAACUUUGACGGGUUGGACCUUGAUUGGGAGUAUCCAGGAUGCUGGCAGACUGAAUGCAAAGAGGAAAGGUACAAGGAUAAGGAUUCAUUUGCUGCUUGGGUCAGAGAACUCAAGGGAGCGUUUAAACCUCGUGGUCUUCUCCUCUCUGCUGCCGUUUCACCAAGCAAAAAGAUUAUAGAUGUAGGAUACGAUGUUCCUAGUAUUGCACAGGAUCUGGAUUGGAUUGCGGUCAUGACAUAUGAUUACCACGGUCAUUGGGAUAAAAGAACCGGUCAUGUUGCUCCCUUUUAUUCACAUCCUGAUGAUGAGUUUUUCUACUUUAACACGAACUACACAAUCAACUACUGGAUUGAGUCUGGAGCACCUGCCACUAAACUAGUUCUAGGUAUGCCACUAUACGGCCAAGCAUUUACCCUGGAUGAUCCUAAGAAGAACGGAUUGAAUGCUCCGGCUGGACAGAAAGGACAGGCUGGAGAGUUUACACGUGCUGCUGGGUUCCUAGCCUACUAUGAAAUCUGUUCCGAUUUAAAGAAAGGGGGAUGGACUGUUGUUAAAGAUCCUGAAGGUAGGAUGGGUCCUUAUGCUUACAAGGGCAGACAAUGGGUUGGAUAUGACGAUGUUGACACCAUCCGGAGAAAGUCUGAAUUUGUCCGAGAGAUGGGGUUGGGAGGUGGCAUGGUUUGGGCCCUAGACCUUGACGACUUCAGAAAUGUUUGUGGAGAAGGACCACAUCCUCUAAUGAAGGCCAUACAGAAAGUUCUUGGGCCCAAGAAGGGAGAUUAUGAAGGAACUCGAUCUGUUGAAUUGGAUACCACGACUACAGAGAGUGCAUCUGUAACUCCACCAAUGAAUUCACCUGCCACAAAGCUUACUACGACCACAACUUCUCCAACUAGAACUAAAGAGGAGGACUCAGAGUAUAAGGUUGUCUGCUACUUCACAAACUGGGCUUGGUAUAGACCUGGAGCAGGAAAGUAUAAACCUGAGGAUAUUGAUGAAGAGCUGUGUACUCAUAUUGUUUAUGGAUUUGCAGUUUUAGAUCCUAGAACUCAUCUCAUCAGGGCUCAUGACUCAUGGGCGGAUUUUGAUAAUGAAUUCUACAAGAAAGUAACUGCUCUGAAGAGCGCAAAGAAGAAGGUAUUGUUGGCUCUGGGAGGUUGGAACGACUCUGCAGGAGACAAGUAUAGUAAGCUUGUAAAUGACCCGGAGAAACGAAAAAAGUUUGUGGAUCAUGCUCUGGUAUUCAUUAAGAAGAAUAAUUUUGAUGGGUUAGAUCUGGACUGGGAGUAUCCCCGUUGCUGGCAGGUAGACUGUGAUCUGGGACCAAAAUCUGACAAGGACGGUUUCUCAGCCUGGAUCAGAGAACUCUCCGCUGCUUUUAAACCUGAAGGACUCUUGGUGACUGCUGCAGUAUCCCCGAGUAACAAGGUUAUUGAUGCAGGAUACGAUGUUCCUGAACUAUCCAAGUACCUGGAUUAUGUGAGCGUGAUGACAUAUGAUUAUCACGGACAGUGGGAUAAGAAAACUGGACAUGUUGCUCCAAUGUAUCAGCAUUCUGAAGAUGAUAAUAUUUUCUUCAACGUGAACUACACAGUAAACUAUUGGUUGUCUGGAGGGUUGGAUAGAAAGAAGCUUAUCCUAGGAAUGCCAAUGUACGGACAGUCCUUUACUCUUGCUUCAGCUGCAGACAACAGUCUCAACUCUAAAUCCUAUGGUGGAGGAACUGCUGGACCAUUUACUAGAGCUAGAGGGUUCCUGGCUUACUAUGAGAUCUGUCACAAUAUACAAACCCAGGGAUGGAAGGUUAUCCAGGAUCCAACAGGAACAAUGGGACCAUAUGCUUAUAAGGGAACACAAUGGGUUUCAUUUGAUGAUACAGCAAUGAUAAAGCAUAAGACUCAGUACCUGAAAAAUAUGAAACUUGGUGGUGCCAUGAUCUGGGCUCUUGACUUGGACGAUUUCAGGAAUUCCUGCGGUUGUGAGUCAAAUCCACUUCUGAAUACAAUAAACCGUGAGCUGAAGGGAGCCAAGGAUGAGGCAAACUGUGAUAUGAGCGGAAACUAUAGAAUUGGAGAUAUUGAGCUAAGUCCCAGUCCGUAUUCUGGAUGCAACAAAGGAAAUUUUGCUCCGUCUGAAUCUGAUUGUUCAGAGUAUUAUGUCUGCAAUAACGGAGAAUAUCAACUUCAAAAGUGUCCAAGUGGACUUCAUUGGAAUAGAGAUCGCUGUGAUUGGCCUGAAUCCACAAGUUGUUCUUCGUCUGGAGGAUUAAAUCAGAUUCCUGAAGUAGUGGAGGUUGAUAAUGAUAUUUCAAACGAAAUAGUCGAGGUUGAAGCUCCGCCCUCUUCUGUAAAACCAACACUGGAUGGAACAUCUUCAAAUACUGGGAUGAAGGUCGUCUGUUAUUUCACUAACUGGGCCUGGUAUAGACAAGGAGUUGGAAAAUAUAAACCUGAAAAUAUUGAUCCAGAACUCUGUACGCACAUCAACUACGGAUUUGCUGUCCUGGAUCCUAACAAUUUAAUAAUGGUUCCUCAUGAUACCUGGGCAGAUAUUGACAACAAGUUCUUCUCUAGUGUUGCAGCGUUGAAAUCUAAAGGUAUUACUGUGUCCAUAGCUCUAGGUGGUUGGAAUGACUCAGAAGGAGAUAAAUACAGCAAGCUUGUAAAUAAUCCAAGCUCUAGGAGUAAAUUCAUCUCCGAGGCUGUAAAAUUUAUCGAGAAAUAUGGAUUCCAAGGAUUAGAUCUUGACUGGGAGUAUCCUAAAUGCUGGCAGGUAGACUGUAGUCUAGGUCCAGAGUCAGACAAAGCAUCCUUUGCUGCGUUUGUGAAGGAACUGAGUGCCGAGUUUAAACCUCGAGGUUGGGUAUUAUCUGCUGCCGUUAGUCCCAGUAAGACUGUAAUUGAUGCUGGGUAUGAUGUGCCAGCUUUAAACCAAUACCUAGAUAUCAUUAAUGUUAUGACCUACGACUACCACGGACACUGGGAUAAGAAGACUGGUCACGUUGCUCCUCUGUAUGCCCAUCCUGAGGAUGAUUACUCCUACUUCAACGCGAACUUCACCAUGAACUAUUGGGUAACCCUAGGAGCCAGUAAAUCCAAACUAGUGAUGGGAAUGCCAAUGUACGGACAGGCUUUCAGUCUAUCCGACUCUUCGCAGACAGGACUUAACUCUCCAGCAAUAGGAAAAGGAGAGGCAGGAGAGUUUACUCGAGCUGCAGGGUUCCUGGCAUACUAUGAGAUCUGUGAGAAGGUUCGGAAUUCAGCUUGGACAAUAGUUCAAGAUCCUGAGAAUAGACUUGGUCCUGUUGCCUUUAAUGGUGACCAAUGGGUCGGAUAUGAUGAUAUAACUAUGAUCCGACGGAAGUCCCAGUUUAUCAAGGAUAACGGGUUUGGAGGAGGCAUGAUCUGGGCUUUAGACUUGGACGAUUUUACCAAUCGAUGCGGAUGUGAAACUUAUCCUCUCCUGAAAACAAUCAACCGAGUUCUCCGAGAUUACUCUGCACCUGAUCCGAGCUGUGAACUCAGAGCCAUGGCGUACAAUAACAGAUAUUCACAAUAUAGGUUUCCAGAAUUUUUCUCACAAUAUCUCCAACCUCAACUCCAGAGCAAUGUCAACCCUCAGACAUAUAUUCAAAAUAUUAUCCCAACCUUCUCCAACAGCCAGCUCCAAUACUCCCAAUAUACAGCUCCAUAUCAUUACUCAGCAGUUCCAAAUGCAGCUUAUUAUAAAUAAAAUAUUCUGAUUUUAUCAGUAUAAAUGUAGAUUUUUGAUACAAUACGCAUUUUUAGAAUUUACA